UGUGAAAAUGGCGUCUCCGAAAACUGUUCCAAAAGAUGCUCAGGUUAUGAUCCAAAUUUUGAAAGAUAUGGGAAUCACGGAGUACGAGCCCAGAGUCAUCAACCAAAUGCUGGAAUUUACUUACAGAUAUGUUACAUCGAUUAUCGAGGACGCCAAAAUUUACGCGGCGCAUGCCAAGAAGUCCAAUGUGGAUGCCGAUGACAUCAGACUGGCCAUUCAGUGUCGGAUGGAUCAGUCUUUCACUUCGCCGCCACCUCGAGAUUUUCUGUUGGAAGUGGCCAGACAGAAGAAUAUAACUCCUCUCCCUCUCAUUAAACCAUACUCUGGCCCACGUCUUCCGCCAGACCGCUACUGUUUAACUGCACCAAACUAUCGGCUUAAGUCCCUACAGAAAAAGGUGACUCCAUCAGCAGGUAGAAUAACGGUACCACGCCUGAGUGUCGGAGCAGUCACUAGCAGGCCCAGCACCCCAACUCUUGGUACUCCCUCAGUGCAGACAGUGGCGACCAAAGUGGGAACUCCAGUGUCUCUGGCUGGCCAACGCUUCACCGUUCAGAUCCCCUCUUCGCAGGCCUCCACUGUCAAGUCAGCCAAUCCGGCCACGCCCACAGUUCAGAACGUGCUGAUCAACCCGUCUCUGAUUGGCUCCAAAAACAUCCUCAUCACAACCAACAUGGUUUCCCAGAAUUCCUCAAACGACUCAAGCUCAUUAAAGAGGAAGCAUGAAGACGAUGAUGACUAUGAUACUUUAUGACCCUGUGACUAAGUCCUCUCGUCACUCUGGCUUUGCCAGAGCAAGGAGUCUGUUUGUAAAUAGUGUAGACAUUAGCUUUGGGGUCGUUUUUGCUUACAUUUGAAAUCCCUCCA